UGUCUCUUCCGUGCUCGUCCGUUUUCCAGAGCUGUACGUGCUCGUCGCCCGCCUGGUUGCUGCUGCUGCUGCUGGGGAGAGCCAUGUCCCGCCGUGCCCUGAGGAGGCUGCGCGGGGAGCAGAGGGGGCAGGAGGAGCCGGAGGGCCCCGAGGAGGAACCCCAGCAGCCCGAGCCAUCCAGCCGGAAAAACCGGGGGAACCGCAAACUAUUGGAGGAACGGGGUCUGAGUAACCCGUUCCAGCUGAUUACUGAAACAGACGAAGAACCCCACAGUGACCCAAACGUCGGCCGGGCGGCUCAGUCCAGAUUGAGCGAUGAAGAGGAGCCGGAUGGACAAGAGAACCAGCAAAAUGGCGGGAGCGAGGCGGCUAUAGCAGAGGCUGCUCCAAGUAAUAAAGCGAAAAAGAAGAAGAAGAAGCGGAAAGCAAAGAAGGCCUCGCCCGCCAACAGUCAGCCAGAUGGCGCUCUAGAGGGUGGAGAUGAUCUGGAAAAUAUUGACAGUAUUCUGGAGAGCAUAGAAAAUACCAAUGGCUUCACCUACCAAAGCCAGAAUAAUGGAAGCACAGACAGCCGCCCCCUGUUAUAUGUGGAGCACAGGAGCUUGAACCCAGAGACGGAGCUGAAGAAAUACUUUGGUUCUCGGGCAGUGAUGGGAGAGCAGAGGCAGCGCCAGAGGCAGCGGCCGCAUCACAGAAGCACCUGGCUCACAUCCCCACAGAACACCUGGCCGAGAUUCAGUAAAACAGGCAUCACUAUGAGUCUCCUGGAGACCAAGCGAGGGGUCCAGUAUUUCACCUUCGAGCACCAGCGAGACUACCAGCAGGUGCAGUUCAAGUUCCUGGACGCUGUGGAGUCUAUGGAUCCCAACAACAUUGUGCUGCUCCUUCAGGGGAACCCCUAUCACGUGGACUCGCUGCUGCAGCUCAGCGAUGUGUGCCGGCUGCAGGAAGACCAAGAAAUGGCCAGAGACCUAGUUGAGAGAGCCCUCUACAGUCUGGAGUGCGCAUUCCACCCUGUGUUCAGCCUCACCAGUGGGACCUGCAGGCUGGACUACUGCCGGACAGAAAACAGAGGAUUUUUCUUGGCUCUUUUCAAACACAUGAUAUUCUUGGAGAAGAGAGGCUGCCCACGGACUGCUCUGGAGUUCUGUAAACUUAUCCUCAGUCUUGACCCAGAAAACGACCCUCUCUGCAUGCUGCUGCUGAUUGAUUACCUGUCUCUGCGGGCGCGGGAGUACGUGUUCCUCAGGCGGAUGUAUGAGGAGUGGGAGAGCCAUCGGAACUUAUCCCAGCUGCCAAACUUUGCCUUCUCUGUCCCCCUGGCAGUGUUGCAGUACAGCCAGCAGGAGGAGGUGUCUGAGCCUGAGCAGGGCACCGCCUAUGGCAGAGCAUCGCAUCUCUUGCAGCAGGCUCUCAUAAUGUUCCCCGGAGUCCUCCUGCCGCUGCUCGAAGCCUGUGGGGUUCAGCCCGACGCCGCUGUAGCUUCGCACGCAUUCUUUGGAACUGUCGCCCAAAUAAGCCAGCCGGCUGCCCUGUCCCAGCUGAUCUCCCUGUAUGUCGGACGAUGCCACAGCCUCUGGAAGGAUCCUGCGAUCAUGUCGUGGCUGGAGCAGAACGUGCGGGAAGUUCUGCGCAUGGUGGACAGUAGUGAGCCCAUAGUGAAGGAGUGCGAGGCCAGGAGGAAGAUUCGCUAUCAGAGUGCCCCCAGGAACGUACAUCGUCACGUCAUCUUGUCCGAGAUCAAGGGCACCAACGCUGCACUCCCUCUGGAAGUGACAUCACAGCCCGUGCUGAGCUUCGAUCCACUUCCCCCACUGGAUUCUGUUGUGUCCUACACACGGCCUGAACGGACAAACCGUCCGUCUAACGAGGGGACCCUGUCUCUGUUCUUUAGAUCCCUUUUGCCAAAUUUUAACUUGCAGGGGGAAGCCCUGGCGGAGGGCGAUGAGGCUGGGGCCGUGCAAGACCUGAAUCGAGGCGUAAACAGACUCAUGGCUGCGAUGAGAGACAUGCUGGCCAAUAUCCAGUUUCAGGAGCCCCCGCGAGAAGACAACCAGGAUGAGGAGGCGGACGCAGAGUGGGACUGACCCUGUGCGCGCGUCGACACCUUCCUCCCCACCCCCACCCUGCAGGGAAACUGUACAGUGAAAUAAACAGAAACAGACUACA